AUAUAUAUGUUAUGAGUACGGUCUUUACCUGAUCACUAACGUAUACUCCAGAUAUGCUGAAACAUAAAUGCACCAGCAUAGAAACAAACGAUAUAUUGUUGCCACAGGAGCCUAAGGAAUAUUUAUGAAGGAUUCUAGGUUAGGAAUGGAGUUUGUGCCUCACGUUUUGGUUGCAACUCAGGGAGUGGCGGACCUCUCUCUCCACACACAAGUUUCUCCUAGUCAGUGACGGACUGGGGUCCCUCGGGCCCUACCAUGUGCCGGGAAACGGACCCAAGUGCUGGCAUCUAUGAUUAGUUACUCCUGUACAUUACUGAAAUUAUGUGUGUAUUCCGUGUGGCUUGGCUCAACCAGUAAACUAUGUGUAUGCAAUUUACUCUUUUGUGAGUAGAAUACUGUGUGAGAUGCGUGUAGAGUUCCAGUUUUUAUUCGCCUGUGAUGUUACUUGAAAUCCGGUACCUUAUGUUGUGAAAUCAGUACUACACAAGACACGAGAGGGGUUAAAUAUAAAAUAUUCUUUCUCACAAGUACAAACCAGGGAGGUGAAAUCGGUUCUCAACCAGGAUUUACCACACCAAUACUUAGCCCACGGGUUUCUGAUACGAGCUUACUGGUGGCGGUAAAUUUGCAAGAAAACUAUACAGCAUGAAGUGAGUAACCACUGCACGCUAAGGGAACACCGGUAUUCUGCCUCGAGCAAUGUAGCUAUAACAGCCUAGGCUGCCAUCACUGUUACUGACCAGUCUUGCACUAGGCAACAAGACGGUGACUUCCAUUACUGUACAGUGGAAUCAUGGCAGUGAAACGCAAAGUCUCAAGGAAAUACUUAAUGUAGUUCCACUUUAAGCUACCGAUAUUAAAUUGUAUUGUUGUCCAAACUGUGAGAAUCGCGCUCACCCUGGGGGAAAUCCUCUUUCAAAAUUUUGUGGUGCAUUAUCUCUAACUAGCAAGUCAUAAUAAACUCUUGUGAUAUCGGAAAGCAACCUUGAAAAUAGUUGGCGCACAUGACACGGUGUUGUUAAAUCACUCGUAUUUUAGCUUGUAUAAACACCAGUCACUGCAAAAAUAUAUCCGUCAUUUAAGCAGAUUUAAACUUUAUUAGCACACAAUAUCGAUCAGAAGAAGCCUUAUAUCCAGCGGAAGUUUCACCAACGUCCACCUGAUCAGGUAACAACUGCAAGUCAUGUCUGUAACACAGGUUCACUACUGCAAACUGCAAAACUGCACCAUCACUGUUGAGGUCUGCGGUAUAUGACUCAGCGCUUCUUCUGGGCUGAGAACGCCUCUAGGCGAGCUCCCACGCACCGCACACACGCACGCAUGCACGCAACAGUAUGCGACACGAAUGCUGUGUUCUUAAGUCAUGAAGGUGGCUCUGUUAUGGCUACGAUACGUGACGUCACAAAGUUCUGAUGUCACCCAGUCCAGGCUCCAGCACCCUACGUCAGUCCUCUUUCUGGUGUUUCCAAGCGCUGACGUCGCUAAGUCCUGACAUCACAGUCCUUGAAGAACGCUGAAUUCUGACGCCACCACUGGCGUCAUCGAAUCCUUACAGCAUCGUAAUGUCUGACGUCGAAGAUGAAUCUCCGACGGAGCAGUCUAGCGGGGCUUCAAGCUGGACCCAGUUUUGCCACCAUGAAGACCUCUUUUCUCAGGCUCACCGGAUGCUGAUUGGCGAGGACGAGGUAGAUGAAAAGCACCGGUCGAGGCGAAACGCCGAAAGGGACACUGUCUCAGUACUGGUCACUUCCGGCGCUGGGAAAGAGGUCAUUAAGGAAGGGUCACCAUCGGGAGGCGACGAUGACUCAAAGACGAAAAAAAUGGAAACGAGAGUUCGGAAGAUGAAGCGGAAAGCUCCGGCAUCAGCAGCGAGUAGGCCUGCCGUUGUACUGAAGACACUGCCGCCGCUGCUACGGAUGCCAAUGCCGCUUCGCGCUACGCCUCCGGUGCACAGUGGGGCGGCGAAAUCAUCCCCCCCACGACACUCUUCAUCACCAAAACGCUGUAACACCACCCCUCCCGCUCGGAGAGUCUCCCCGCCCCCGCUCCUCCCACUAUCAUCAACACACUUCACCUCCACGCCUACAUACUCCACUUCUCCAUCAGCCUCACCACCAUCAAAACGCACCACCCCCUCCACUUCACCGCUCUCUCAACGCAUUCCAAUGGCGCCCAUCACAAAGCCUCUCCUACCACCUACAACUUCCACAGACUGCUACUCGCCAACGCGAGAGGAAAUGGAAGAGGAACUUCGACUAAAGAGAAAGGUGUGUGGCGUGUGUGGCGACGAGGCUCGCUCGAUGCACUUCGGAGGCUUGGCUUGUGAUUCGUGUAAGGCUUUCUUCAGGAGAGCCGUGGUCAGCAACAUUUUCUCAAGCUUCGUGUGCUACAUCGACCACCACUGUGCAAUCACUGUGGACUCGCGCAGAAACUGUCAGGCAUGUCGGUUCGCCGGCUGCCUGCGCGCCGGAAUGGAGGUGUCGUUGGCCAGACGGGAGGAAGAGGCUUCAGGGAAGCAGCAAACGGAUCCCUUCUAUCACCACCACCGUCUGGAUCGAAGCCACAACCGCCUCCACAGCCACAAUACCAUCUACAACAGGAACCCGUCUCUGGACCCCAGCCUCCUGGGAAAGGACUUCACGCUGGGGACUAACACCACCUUCAGUCAUAUUAAAGGUCUCCACCCUGCGAGUGUCCACAGCUUCGGGGACGCUGAAACAAGUGGGAUGUUUGUCCGUUCAGGAAACAAAUCGCGUCCUCUCCUCAGCUAUAGUCCAACCACUAGCCACGGUUUUCCUGCUAGUUUCAUCCCCUUGGAUGUACAUGGCUGUCUUUCUAGCCAAGCGUACCUGGCUAGCCAUCAGCUUGUAGACAGGAGUGGUCCAGCUAGUAGCAAUACUUCUGUUUCUAGCCCCACUCCUAGCAGAAGCCAGGCUUCCACGUCUAGACGAAGCCCCACUCAAAGUUGUAUUCUGACGGCCAGCCAUAGUUCUGCUAAGAGCCACACGCAUAUGACUAGCAACAAUCUCAUCAGAAGCCAUAUCUCUGGAUCUAGUGAUAGGCAUGCCAAUAGUCAGACGUCAAUGUCUGCUAGUCCCCCUAAGCAGCCACCCAUGACCCCAAGGCACACCACAUAUUCACCUACGAUUAACCUAGGCCACACUACACUUUCACCAGUAACUACACAAAACCACUCCAGAUCUUCGCCUACAGUUCCCCAAAACCAUACUAGCCACUCAUCUGUAACUACCCAGGCCCCUAAUAACCAUUCAGCUGUGACUACCCUAAGCCACAAUUGCCAUUCACCCAUGAUUCCUUUGAGCCAAAACAGACAUUUACCUAUAAUUACCCUAAGCCCUUCAAGUCACUCUCUUAUGGCUAGCCACAGCCAAGGCUUCGUCAGCAGCCACAAGUCAGAACAGAGUUACAACAGCCAUACUUCAGCACCCAGUCAUAAGUCAGAACCCAGAUACAUCUCAAACAGUGACAGCAUAGACACUCGAGCCUUUGCAAAAUCGUGGACGGAGGAUGACCAAGACCCUCCAGUGAAAAAAGAACCAGUGGAAGAUCAUCAAAACAUUGACAGUGGGAACUCCUCGCCUACUGCCUGUUUUGAGAGCCUUCCUCAACAACCUUUAAAUCUCAGCGAAGAAGCAGUAUCUGUUCUCAAGAGUGAAGACCACGUAGAAAUCAAGGAGCUACACAGGUACUAUAACUCAUCUUUCGACCUCCCUAUACCAGUGAGCGACCGGAUGAUUAGGACGGAGGAGCUGGGUAAGAUGUACUCUUACUUCAUCCAGAGACGAGCAAGGUUCCUAGUCAGCACGCCGCUGUACAAGACUCUAGCUUUGAAAGACCGUCAGAAGCUCCUCCACACUGCGGUGGCCAUGAGCACCUACUACACCGGCGCCCAUCUCAUGGACACCACAGACUUCACCUGGAAAAGCAGCGACGGCACAGCAGCGACUACCAUCAUGUCAGUCAGCACCAUCCGUCCAGUACUCUCUCACGAACAGUUCAUGUACAUGAUGCGUUUCUACGUGACAUACUCUCCAUUCUUUAGCGACCAGACGGUGACUAUACUGAUGCAGGUGCUGUCGCUUUUCUACUCUGAGCCGGGGUUGACGGAGGCACGAGUGGUCGAGGAAGGACGUGUUCACUACAUCGAUCUCCUCUCACGUUACCUAAUAUCGACUCAAGGUCCUCGAGUUGGCCAAGAGCACCUAAGAAUACUCUUAGACAGUCAGCAGGAGGCCCGAAGCCUAGUGAAUCUUCUUCAACACGUGGAUCUGACACCCCGGGUACCUAGGCACGACGUGGUCAACGCAAAGAAGAUACUGAUGGAGGGUAUUCAGUUAGUGUUCGACAAGGCGAGAAAAAGCAUGACUCGAGUGCCGAGGGAGAAGCACAUAGGAUAUCACACUGACGAGUCUUCUCCUGUCACUACACAGUGUGAAUCUCGAGACACCAUCAUCUCAGCGGGAACUUCUUCGCUUCAGGACGAAGACCGAGUAAACUUCAUCCAGAGUACCUUUAUCCGUUUGGCCAACUGUGAGGACCCUCAAAUUCUAGCAAAUGCUCGUCGCAUCUUACCCUCUGAACUCAUCCUGAAAUUCUUGAAGGUACUACAGGAAACGCCUUUUCCUGACAAGGCGCAUAUCUGAAAAUUAUCGUUGCUAUGCUCCAGAAUUUUAAGCGAUAGUAACUUCUUCCGGCCCCCGGCUAGAAAAGAAUUCGGUCCGCGGCGAGGUUCUCGCCGCAUCACGAAUCCCCAUCUCGUCUUACGGAUCGCCAGUCCGUGACGUUACCAUUUGUAAUUUGGCGCCCAUGAACCCCAAAGUUAAUUUUAAGAUUAGUUUUAAGUAGCCUUCAGUGGAGGACGAACCUCAGCAGGCGCUUCCACUAGGACACAAUCAAUAUCUAACGCUCAAAACGAAGCAGGAGCCACAAGCCGUAUAUCUUCAUUGGACAUUAAGAUCGGUUUGAUGGGUCAUGUCGCCCGCGUGUUUACUAUGUCUGUGAUCAUUUACAUCUGAUAAGUGAGCUCUGGUGAGCCUACAACAGAUGUUUAUGACACGUGUUUUGAAGCCAAGCUCAAAUGUUCACCACUGUACAAAUUUUGUAUAAUAAGACUUUUUUUACACAUCAGUUUUUUUUUCUUGUUCAUUAAGUGACUCAGGUAAUCUUUCCGUCUAUUGCUAGGCCUAGUAGGUAAGGUAGGCUGGUACUGUAAUACUGCUGCUACCACUAUCACUGUUGUUAAAGCUAACAAAACCACUAUUGAUACUACAUCUACAACUAACUUCUGGUAUUAUAACACACACACACAAACACACACACACACACACACACACAC